CCUAAGAACCCACCAACCAGGGGCUAGCUCUCAGAUAAAAAGUCCAGAGUGUAGUCCUAUUUAGUUUUAGGACCUUGUAAACUUGGUUCCAUGGCCCCCGGUGUCCCUGCUGCCGACGUGCAGAUGACGUUAGGAGGGAAGCCAGGGGGCUACUUGGGGUCGAGGAGGGCCUACGUGACGUUCCUGGCCGGCGACGGCGACUAUGUGAAGGGGGUGGUGGGGCUGGCCAAGGGGCUGAGGAAGGCGAGAAGUGCGUACCCGCUCGUCGUGGCGGUGCUGCCCGACGUGCCAGUGGCUCACCGCCAGCUGCUUCAGGGACAGGGGUGCAUCGUCCGGGAGAUCGAGCCCGUGUACCCGCCCGAGAACCACACCCAGUUCGCCAUGGCCCACUUUGUCAUCAACUACUCCAAGCUACGCAUUUGGAACUUUGAGGAAUACAGCAAGAUGAUCUAUCUUGAUGCUGAUAUCCAAGUGUUCGAUAACAUAGACCACCUCUUUGACAUGCCUGAUGGCUACUUCUAUGCUGUGAUGGACUGCUUCUGUGAGCCGAUAUGGAGCCAAACUCUCCAGUACUCCAUUGGCUAUUGCCACCAGUGCCCGGACAGGGUCCAUUGGCCUGCUGAGAUGGGAUCUCCUCCUCCACUCUACUUUAAUGCCGGCAUGUUCGUGUUUGAGCCCAAUCCUCUAACCUACGAGAGACUUCUGGAUACUCUUAAGAUCACACAACCAACCCCCUUUGCGGAGCAGGAUUUCUUGAACAUGUUCUUUGAGAAAACCUACAGGCCAAUCCCUGUUGUUUACAAUCUGGUCCUAGCCAUGCUGUGGCGCCACCCGGAAAAAGUUGAGCUUGACAAGGUUAAGGUGGUCCACUAUUGCGCUGCAGGUUCAAAGCCAUGGAGGUACACUGGGAAAGAAGUUAACAUGGAUAGGGAGGAUAUCAAAAUGCUUGUGGCUAAAUGGUGGGAUAUCUACAACGACAAGUCACUCGAUUUCAAGGCAGAGGAUAUGGUCAUAGAAGGAGAGGCCUUCGCAUGGCCUUCACCAAUCAUGGCAGGCAUGGCAGAGCCUACGAUUAACUAUAUCCCUACACCCUCUGCAGCCUGAGUGAGGCUGGGAAAGAUGUGUUGGACACGUCUCUAUGAGACGUAAUAUGGCCCAUAUACAUAUGGUUUAAUUAUCGGACAAUUAUAGAUAGUAGGUAACCAUCCACUAUCUCUAAUUAUCGCUAAAAUAGUUUUCUUGAUGGAAGAAAACUAAUGAGGUUUUGUUUAUCUGACAAGGGUCUCUAGCCUGGCUUGUUUUUUAAGCCUGUGAUAUGGUGGUUUAUGGUUUCUAUGGAAGCAUAAGUUAGAAGACUCCUUAAAGUCUCUUUGUGGAUAGAUUUUAAUCAAAUAUUUGAACAAUUAUGGUUGAAGGUAUGC